UAUUCAUUCGCACACCUACAGUCGUGAGCAACAGACGCUAGCAAACAACUCUCAAUUUAAAUCUGAAUUCCAAAAUCGAAUUCAAAAUUUCUUACUCUUACAUUUACGAAGAAACAGAAAAUCUUAUUGCAAAAAUGAAGAAGUACUCGAUCGUUGGAAACAAAAAGAAGGUGACGAUGGAAGUCAACCCAACGCAGCUGAAGAUCGUUGGGAACAACUGCAUCGUGAGGGUCUCAGUGAACCACGGAGAGAUCGAAGUGAUCGGCAAUGACUGCCGUAUCGAAGUGUCCGAUAACCAUGGCGUUAUCAACAUGGUGGGAAGUGGUGGUACAGUGAUCAUCAGCAAGCGAUGGAAAGGUGACCGAGUGCAGUUGGUCGGUACCAGCUGCCACUUAUUCGUGGCUGGGAAGGAGAGGAGCACGGGCUAUGAAGCUCAGCUCUCUCCCUUCAGCAAGGACUUGGAUGACGUCAUUGAAUCCAUCUUCACAUUUGUGAUGCGGUGAAAGGAGACUAGUGAAUAUUGGACUUAAGUGCUGUGAAUAGCUUUUCGUGUCAGUUCAUUUGAAGAAUUUGAAGAUUUAACGGUCGUUUUGUGGGACGAUGUGAUAUAGGUCUUUCUAAUGGCCUUAUGGAAUCCGUAGGAGAUUGUCGCGUUCCCUAUUGUGAUGUGUUUUGUAAUAAAUGCUUUGAAUUACA